GUGAAACUUGAAGCUAAGUUUGACAUAAACGGAGCACAGAAAAGACCUGAGACGCCAUUGCAAUGUUGUAUGUAUAGAAAGAUAAAGAAAGAUCUCUACUAUAAAUGCAACACACAAGAGUCUACCUCAAAGGAACACAGAUUUGGUGAGUCAGGCCGUUUAAGGAUAAUUAACAUAUCAGAAAAUGGCUGAUAAAACCGCUCUUGAUGAAAGUUUCCUGAACUGCCACGUAUGUUCAGAGACUUCCAGAGAUCCUGUGUCUCUGAGCUGCAACCACAGCUUCUGUUCAAGCUGCCUGCAGAAAUUCUGGGAACAAGCUGAAAAUAAAAACUGUCCCAUUUGUAAAAGAAAAUACUCAAACAAUUAUGUGAAUUUUGCACUAAAGAAACUCGAUGACUCCUUUGCUGAGAGGCAGAAUAAUGGUUCAUCUGAGACAGAAAAAGAAAAGCAGAAAGAGGAAGUCUUUUGUGAUAAACAUUCAGACGUCCCUUAUUGGUUCUGUGAGGACGAGCAGAGAGCUGUGUGUCCUGUCUGUGAGUUUUCUCUCCACAAGAGUCACAGGGUGGUUCCUAUAGAACAAGCAGUCAGUGACCUGAAGGGCCAGCUGAAAUCUGACUUAGAGUCUCUGCAGGACAAGAGGGACAAAUACAAACAAGUGGAGAAAACAUACAAUGAAGUGAUUCAACACUCCAAGAAGCAGCUGUUGUCCACAGAGAGGCAGAUCAGAGCCGAGUUCAACAAGCUCCACCAGUUCCUGAAAGAGGAAGAGGAGUCCAGACUGGCAGCUCUGAGGGAGGAAGAGGAGCAGAAGGGGGAGACUGUGAGCAGAGAGAUGAAGAAGAUUCAGGAGCAGAUCUCCUCUCUGUCAGACAGUAUCUCUGCUGUUGAAGAAGACCUGCAGAAACCCAGCGUGCCAUUCCUCAGCAGUUAUAAAGCCACUCAGACCAGAGCCAGAGUCCAGCGCUCACAGUCAGAUCCACAGCUGGUCUCAGGAGCGCUGAUAGAUGUGGCCAAACACCUAGGCAACCUGUCCUUCAGAGUCUGGGAGAAGAUGAAGGACAAGGUCCACUUCAGUCCUGUCAUUCUGGACCCAAACACUGCAAAUCCCGGUCUCUAUCUGUCUGAUGAUCUAACCAGUGUGAGACGUGGAGACACAUAUCGGCAGCUGCUUGACAAUCCAGAGAGAAACACAAUGUAUGCCACUGUUCUGGGCUGUGAGGGCUUCAGCUCAGGGAACCACAGCUGGGAGGUGGAGGUGGGAGACCACCCUGUCUGGCUUGUGGGUUUGGCUAAAGAGUCAGUUGAUAGGAAAGGAAAGCGAAAUGCAUCACCAGAAUUUGGAAUCUGGUGUUUAUUGCAUCAAAAUGGAAUAUACACUGAUGGAGCUGGUACGACUGUCAGAGUGAAGAAGAGUCUCCAGAGGAUCAGAGUCCAGCUGGACUAUGACAGGGGGGAGGUGUCCUUCUACGACCCUGAAGUAAUGACUCACAUCUACACUCACAGAGACACUUUCACUGAGAAACUCUUCCCAUAUUUCAGUAUUGGUGCGGCUGGUGAUGCUAAAACCACUGAUAUCAAAAUCUGUCACACUGAGAUGUCUCUGUGACAUUAUUUGUUUCAACUUUUACCAUCAAAAUGUUUGCAUCAUGAUUGCUUGAUAUUUAUUACACUCUAGACUCGUACUUUACAUCUAAACGUCUUUUAUUAUUAUUUUAUAUGUAAUGGUGACGAGGGUUACAGAUUUUUUUGCUCACUGUUUCUGUAGUCUUAAAUAAAUUAUCCAGAGUAGUUUUCAAUUUUGAAAGGUAAUUAAGACUUUACUUAGGCUAUAAUGUCUGUGUAGAAAAUCAGGAUAAAUAAAGGUUAAACCCUUUUCAAAUACCAAAUACUGAAACUAUGUUAUAUCAUCUGGCCUUGAACAUUCAUACAGCUACAAAUCAAUUUGAAUUAUAAAGUAUCAGCCCAGAAUCUUGACUUAAUUUAGACGAAGAGAUUAGAUUAGAGAAGUAUUCACUAUACUAAUAUGCUGUUUCCAAUUGUGUGAUUUAAUCCUUAUCAGACAUCAGUUUUAGUUUGAGAUUUCUGGAUCUUCUGAUGAGUUAUUUCAGUUUCUCUACACUCUACACUCUCUGGCGUCUCAGAUGUACAGUAAAACACCUUCUGGCUCUGACUGAUUGUCUUUUGUUGUUGUUGCUGUCUGAAGUGAAUUAUGCAAAGUGGUUUUCAUCUUCUGAAAUUCAUUUUUGAAACAC